AUGUCCGAACUGGCAUUCACAAAGUCCUUCCUCUCAACGCUUGACUCCCGCCCGGUCAAGCUUCGAGCCGACUAUGUCCACGACCAAGGACAGACACCUCGUACUCCUUAUGUCCUCCCCCGCCUACAACCCCCACACCCCUCCAUGCCCAAGAAGACCGCAACCAAAGACGCAAACCCCGGCUCAUCCAAAUCGAUCACGAUCACACUGAAAUCCGCCCGGAACCCCGUUCUUGAAAUCACGCUGCGCAAUGCCCCGCUGGCGACGACGAGCGUGUCCGAUCUGAAAGAUGCGGUCCGGGAGCGGAUUGUCGAGACCAGUACAGACAAUAAGGUUUCGUUGGAGAAGAUUAAGAUUCUAUAUAAGCGGAAGCCGGUCAGUGGGACAGGAAAAACUGUUGCGGAUGUUGUCAGUGACGCUGGGGACGAGGAGCUGCUCAGUGGUGGGAAGGGUGUGGAGUUUGGGAUUAUGGUUAUGGGUGGUGCUAGAGUUGUUGAGGGGCAGGGUGAGAAGGGAGAGGCGGAGAGCAGCGGAGAAUCUACGGCGAAGGCUGCGGUUGGUCCCAGUGGUGAGGCUUUACUGGAGACGGAGCAGUUCUGGGGUGACUUGCAGGGAUAUUUGGAGCAGAGGCUUAAGGAUGAGGAUGUUGCGAAGAAAUGGACAGGACUGUUCAAGGAUACCUGGACUGCCAGGCGGUGA